AUGGACUUCAAGCUCAAUCUCAAGCCAAGUUUCUUUUUCUUCUCCUUUCUGAUUUUCAUCUUUCUUCUCUCAAAACCUGUUUUAGGAUCAGCAUCUAAUCCUAAAUGUAUAUCCUCCGAGCGCCAAGCUCUUCUCACUUUCAAACAAUCACUUACUGAUCCUUCUGCUAGACUCUCUUCUUGGUCUGGACCUGACUGCUGCAAAUGGCGCGGUAUUAGCUGCGACCCCGGAACCAGCCACGUCAUCAAGAUUGAUCUCAGAAACCCGAAUCAAACACUCAGGCUCUACGGUGGGUUUAAAGAGGGUAGCUUGGGAGGCAAGAUAAAUCCGUCUUUGACCCGUCUCAAGUUCUUGAGCUAUUUGGACUUGAGUUCAAAUGAUUUCAACUUCAUGGAGAUCCCCGAGUUCAUCGGCAGCAUCGUUAGUCUAAGGUACCUGAAUCUUUCUUUCUCAUCGUUUUACGGUGAAGUUCCUGCGAGUCUUGGCAACUUGUCGAAGCUCGAGUCUCUUGAUCUUUACGCUCAGACGUUUAUUGACGAAGGUCCAACUUCGUAUAAUUUGCGUGCAAGCAACCUCGGGUGGCUUUCGGGUCUGUCUUCUUCACUGACUUACCUCAACAUGGGGUUUGUUAGUCUGAGUGGUGCCGAUGAAACCUGGUUACAGGAUAUCAGUAGACUCCCUAAGCUGAAGGAGUUGCAUUUGUUCAACUGUGAGCUCAGGAACUUACCUCUCUCCUUGUCUUCCUCUGCGAAUCUGAAGCUCCUCGAAGUUCUUGAUUUGUCUCGAAACUCUUUAAGGUCACCGAUACCCAACUGGCUAUUUGAUCUCACCGGCCUCAGAAAGCUAACCCUCCAAUGGGUUGAACUCCAGGGCUCGAUUCCUUCCGAGAUCAAGAAACUGAGGCUUCUAGAGACGCUAGAUCUGUCUUUUAAUGCACUCUCUGGAGAAAUUCCAGAUGUUCUUGGAAACCUUCCUCAACUGAAGUAUCUUGACCUUUCUCAUAGCUCUUUGGAAGGUCAAAUCCACAGGUUACUUGACGCCUUGUCCAAAAACAAAGGAGAUGGUUUGGUCUAUCUCGGUCUUAAUUCCAACAGUUUGAAUGGGACAUUGCCAGCUGAGUCGCUUGGAGAGUUGAGGAAUCUACAGAUUCUGGAUUUUUCAUUGAAUUAUUUCACGGGUUCGAUCCCUUCCUCGGUAGGAAACAUGGCGUCACUGAAGAAACUUGCACUUCAUUUCAAUUCCAUGGAAGGGAAAAUCCCAGAAAGCUUGGGGAAGCUUGAUCGUUUGGAGACGCUUGAUCUAUCAAGUAACAAGUUUUCUGGUGCCAUUCCUCAGAGCUUGGCAGCAAUAUCUUCACUGCAUACGCUGAAUCUUUCGUACAAUAAACUGGAGGGGAGAAUACCUAAGAAUCCGAAGUUUAAAGAUCCGUCCAUUUACAUUGGAAAUGAGUUACUAUGUGGGAAACCACUUCCUAAAAAGUGUUCAAGAAAGCAGCAGACUGUUGUGGUUAAUUGA